ACACACACACACACACACACACACACACACACAGAGUACAACUUUGUGAGCCGAGAGGAGAUGCUGAAGCGCAUUGAUGAGGACGAGUUUGUGGAGCAUGCGCAGUUUGGCGGGAACAUCUACGGCACAAGCCGCAAGGCCAUCCAAGACGUCGCCAGAUCAAACCGCGUCUGUGUCCUGGAUCUCGAAAUGCAGGGCUGCGAGAGCAUCCGUUGCUUGCCGGAGUUUUCGCCCCUCUUCAUCUUCGUCCAACCACCCAGCCUCGAAGCGCUGGAGAACCGCCUUCGUGCACGCAACUCAGAGACAGAGGAGACGCUCGCCAAGCGCAUGGCAGAGGCAAAGGCCGCCCUGGAAUACGGAUGCACGCCUGGGAAGUUUGAUGUUGUGGUUGUAAACGACGACCUGGACCGCGCAUACGACACGCUCAGGACGGCGCUGCUUCCCAAGGUGAAGGAGGUGCGAGAACUGCAAGGCAGCCAGCAAUAGGCCAGCCAACGCACCACCGAGCCAAUGAGCAACAAUAUUGACGGAGAAUGACAACAACAACAUCAACGACGACGUCGUCAGUCGUGCCUUCUCCAUGAUGAAACACGUCAUCAUCCCGGAUAACAGAAC